AUGGGGACGUGCCUACUUGGGUACAAGCUCGUUGCCCCCAGUACCUGCUUUAGAUACAACUCCACUUCCGUCAACUAUCCAGUGGCCGACGCCCAGUGUAAGACCGAGGGAGGAGCCCUUAUUAGAAUAGACUCUGCCGAAAAGAACUCCUUGUUUACAAAUUUUGUCGAAAACCAUGUUAAUGACACUUCGGUAACAGAGGUAUGGGUCCAGGCCACAAGAAAAGGCUUACUCUGGUAUUUUGAUGACAACACACUCAUGGAAUUCGAUAAUUUCGGAGUUGGUGCAAAGAGUAACGGAAAAUUUGAAGUCAGAGCUAGGGCAAGAGGUGCACUGCUGUGGAAAUGGCAAGACGAUUUUAACUUUAGCAAAUUCGAUUUUGUUUGUGAAUCAAAGACGGUGCUACAUUGGACGACUAACGGGAUAGAUGCAGUGUGAAUAACCUAAAU